AGCACUGAACUGACAGUAACAAUGAUGAUGAUAAUGAUAAUGAUAGCAAUGAUAACGAUAAUGAUGAUGGUGAUGAUGAUGAUGGUGUUGGUGAUGAUGGUGGUAGUGGUGGUGAUGAUGGCAAUGAUGAUAGUGAUGGUGAUGAUGAUGGUGAUGAUGGUGAUGAUAAUGAUGAUGAUGAUGAUGAUUAAUGCUAGAUGA